UGAGUGGGAGGGCCACUCGGUGCAACUAAUAAGGACCGCGAUCGAGCAAGCGAUCCCACUGUGACUUUUAUUUCCAAGUCCUGGAAUCCGGAAUCGGACUGAUCGUAAUCACACAUGGAUUAUGCUUUUGCCGCUGUUUUUGGUUUGUUUCUGCCUUAGAGGAAACUUUAUCAGCAACUGUGUUCAGGUAGACGGCUUUCUAUCCUCGGAGCCAUGAUUUGCUUGCUACGAUGGACUGCUUUCAUUUGGACUGUGAAUUCCAUUCCUUGUGCUUUUGGAAUGGCAGUGGGCGAACAAACAGAUGGCUCAUGUCCCGCUCUGACCGUAGAGGAGCACAGGUUUAAGGACAUUUUAGAUCGUCCCCUGGAAAUCACAGGAAUUGAUCUCACAGAAAAGUUUCUUCUUCGAAAGGGAACAAUCACGGAAGAGUUGCCAUCGUUCCGAUUAGGAAGCAGUCCGCUUAUUAAGCCAACAAAAUUAAUCUUUCCAAAUGGGCUCCCAAGUGAGUACUCCCUUGUCUCCAUCCUCCGGGUGAGACGAACUAAAAAAGACCGCUGGUAUCUUUGGCAGAUAUUUGACCAAUCAGGAGGCAGUCAGGUGUCUGUUGUGGUCGAUGGUGGUAGGAAGGUGUUGGAGUUUUCUUCCCAGGGCUCGCUGAAGAACACCCUCCGCUACACUUUUAAGAGCCGUGACCUACAUGCCCUCUUUGAUCGCCAGUGGCACAAGCUGAGCAUUUCUCUUCAGAGCAACAUAGUCUCCAUUUACAUGGACUGCAAGCUAAUAGAACGGAGACUGACUGAUGAGAGGGACAGCAUUGACCUCAAUGGGCGCACACUCAUCACUACAAGAGUGGAGGACGGACGACCUGUAGAUAUUGAACUGAAACAAAUCCUAAUCUACUGUGACCCUUAUAUGGCUGAGUUGGAAAAUUGCUGUGAGCUACAAGAGUGUGGAGCCAAGAAGGCAUUUAAUGGGACUUCCCCUCCCCUGGAUGCAGAGCCAAUCCCCCAGAUGCUGUCUCAGCCGGUCUCACAGUCAAUUGACAGAUGCCACUGUCCAGCUGAAAAGGGGGAUCCUGGUCUUCCAGGCGUAGUUGGCCUGCCAGGACAAAAAGGAGAUCAAGGAGACAAGGGGGACACAGGGGACGAUGGGCCUCCAGGAAACCCAGGACCUAAGGGGGAACUUGGAUCAGAAGGGCAAAAGGGAAUCGAUGGAGAGAAGGGUGAUGUGGGCCUGCCAGGAACCCCGGGGUUGCCUACUGACAACAAAUGCCUCAAAGGAGAUCAGGGCCCUCCGGGUGACAAAGGAGAGAAGGGAUCGGCUGGGGUGCCAGGUCAGCCAGGGGAACCCGGCAAAGAGGGCAAAAGGGGACGGAGAGGAAAGACUGGGGAGCCUGGACUCAGAGGCCUGCCUGGUCCCUUGGGAACCUCUGAAGGAGCAACUGGCAAGGGGGAGAAGGGUGAGGCUGGAGUCCCCGGGGAGAAAGGAGAGCGAGGAGAUCCUGGUCAGCCAGGUGCCGAGGGGACCGGCGGGAUGAAAGGACAAAAAGGUGAUGUUGGUCCCCCUGGUCCUCCUGGUCCUGUGAUGACAGCUCAUGGAUUAAGACAGUUCUCUGGAUCUGAUGAAAUGAGAGAAAGAAGCCAAAAGGGUGAAAAGGGAGAUGAGGGGGAGAGAGGGGUUCAAGGACCGCAAGGCCUCAAGGGAAACAUUGGGCUGCCAGGACUGAAGGGAGAUCAGGGCCCCGAGGGGAAACAAGGACUGUCUGGACCCACUGGACUACCAGGGCUCCCAGGCGAGGCAGGCGAGCCAGGGGAGCCAGGGGUGCCUGGGAGAGAUGGCCUGAAAGGAGAAAAGGGAGACUCUGGUGGACUGAUUGGGCCACAGGGACUUCCAGGUCCUAAGGGUGAGCCUGGAGAACCCGGCAUUGGAUACAUGCAGGCCGAUGGAUUGUCUCUGACUCGAGGGUCUCGCGGGCCGAAGGGUGAGAGAGGUGUCCCAGGAUUGCCAGGAGACCACGGCGAAAAGGGCGAACCCGGGGAGGGUGUCAUAGGCCCACCAGGCCCCGUGGGACCCCCAGGGAAGCCAGGAAUUGAGGGUCUUCGUGGACCCCAGGGUUUUUCUGGCCCUCCUGGAGCUCCAGGAAGAGAGGGCUCUCCUGGUAGACCAGGCCCACCAGGCCCUGCUGGACCUCCAGGUGAACCGACUGCCCUGCCGAUUGUUGGAGACAUGGGUGCUUUACUUAAGAAUGCCUGCAGUGCCUGCCAGACGAGGGUCCCAGGGUUGCCUGGGCAGAAGGGAGAGAAGGGGUCCCCUGGAGUGCAAGGAGUAGAAGGCUUGGUGGGAGAGAAGGGGGAUCCAGGUGUACGAGGUCCGACGGGUAACCCUGGGAAAGAAGGCCCUAAGGGAGUGAAAGGAGAGAGAGGGUUCCCAGGCCCCACUGGAGAUAAAGGUGAUGAGGGGCCUCCAGGGGCACCAGGACUUCCAGGUGUGACCGGUCGAACAGGGUCCCCGGGGCUCAUGGGUAGACCAGGUCCAAUGGGUCAGCCCGGAGCAAAAGGAGAAAAAGGAAACGAAGGACCUCCAGGCAGACAAGGACUUCCAGGACCUCCUGGUGUGCCCAGUGUGGAGGGAAAUGGGAUGAGCAGUCUGUACAAGCUGCAGAGUGGUGGAGCUAUUUUAGGACCCCCUGGAGCUCCUGGUGCUCCAGGUCCCAAAGGAGAUGAUGGACGUGCAGGAGAAGCAGGAGCCAUGGGACUACCUGGGCUUGAAGGGCUACCCGGUGCCAAGGGUGAUAUUGGUUUGCCUGGUCCACCUGGGAUACCAGGUCCUCCAGGGAAGCCCGGCGCUCGUGGAGAGCCAGGGAUCCCAGGAGAGCCGGGUGAGAGGGGGCCACUCGGAGAGACAGGAUUCCCUGGACCCGAGGGACCCCAAGGUGUUGCUGGCAGACCUGGAAAAGAUGGAACUCCUGGAUACAAGGGAGCCACUGGUAGACCGGGAGACAGAGGAUCCAAAGGAGAACGUGGUGAUCCAGGGAUUCCUGGUGAAAGAGGUGUUCAAGGCGAGAGGGGUCGCAUAGGAGAUCCAGGCGUCACCGGACCAAUCGGUCCACAAGGUGAAAAAGGCGAUCCUGGCCCUCCAGGACAGUUGGAGAGCGUUAACCUUCUGGGUGAUCCCGGCUUCACAGAGGAGCUCAGAAUGUUUAUUCGAAAUGAAGUAUUGAAGAUUUUUGAAGAGAAACUAUCGAACACUGGCAUACCACAGAAGACACAUGCGGGCAUUUUAGCUUCCAACUUUCAAGGGCCUCCAGGACCGCCUGGAAAGGAUGGAUUACCCGGCCCACCAGGGGAGCCUGGACCUCCUGGUCCUCAAGGAUACAGAGGUCAGAAAGGAGAACGAGGUCAGCUUGGGUAUGGGUUACCAGGAGAUCCAGGACCAGUGGGUCCACCAGGCCCUCCUGGGAUCAAUUCUCAAGGCCCUCCUGGCUCUCCUGGGCCCCGUGGACCUGCUGGGACAUGUGACCCCAGUGACUGUCUCCUCCCAUCUCUAUAAGCCCAGCAGAGUGGUUCAGGCUGGUUCAAAGACGGCCGUCCAGCUCUUGAGCUCUGCAGCCAGAGAGCCGGAGAAGGACGACCUCACUGUAUCUGGCAGGCUUCUUCACCUCUGAUUUAUCGGGUCAGACUCACAGCUGACCCCUUUUGUUCACUUUGUAGCAACAUUUGGAAGCCGUCUGGGUUUUUGUUUUUCGGGGGAUUGCUGUUGGGCUUGUUUUGAAUGCGACAGAAAACCUUGUGCAGUGCCGUACUCUUUAAGUUAUUUCUUGUUUUCUUGUCCCCUACUGUGAUGUAAUGCAUUCCUUGUCAACUCUCAAUAUGCCUUUCAAGACCAUGAAAUGACUUUGUUUUGUCAACUUCAGUCCAGCCUGAAAACACAAUCUUAAUUAUUUUGUUUGCCUCUUUAAUGGGCAUGUCUAUGCACUCUUCUGUUCUUAUUCAGAUAAGCCAUCGUGCUGGCAGAAGGUACAUCUCAUGUUUCGGUGUGUGAGUUGGCGUGUGCUUGUGUGUGUGUGAGAGAUAGAGCAAGAACGAGAUUAGCAGACUGAAUGUACUUAUUUUAUGUGUAGGUGUGAGAAAAUAACAGAUUUUUUUGAAACUCCUUAUGCAACCAAAGUUCAGCCAAUGUGUCUGAUACAGAAAUUAUUUAUUUUAAGUGUGUUCUUCAAGAACGUAUUUAAAAGAUGGUACUAAUAAUUGUUAGCCUAGCCGCGCUAGACCCAUGUUCUGAAGGCACAAGUGUCUAGGGCCUCUCGACAGGGAGGGAGGCGGGCUAAAAGGUUGUCUUUCAAAUCACUCUGCAGCAAUUGGGUAGGUAUACAACCAAUCAGCGCAACGAAUAGGCUGACGUAGUUCCUAGAGCGCAGGCAGAUUGUGGCUAAGUCCCAUUAGCUUCCCAACCAGCGGAGCCAACUGGUAUUUUAAGGAUUUGCCAUAUCCCGUCGGCAUAAGUCCAAAUACGUCUUUCUUCUCAAUGAAACACUUCAGUGCCGUCCUUUGUUUAUCUUUCAAGUUGAAUUUUAGCUUCAAAUCUUUAAGGGCUGUGGCCAAAGCCAAGUCGAAAGAUAACUGUUUAUUGUGCGCCGGUUGUUUCUGUCAGAAUCGUCGCGCCUCUGUCGUCACUUAGUUACGCCCGCCUUCUGACUCUACACUUCAUGGUGAUUGGUCCGGCCAGUUUUAGGAGAAUCCAGCCUCGAGCCUUAUGGAGGGUAACUAGACCCACCCUGGCAGAGAAUUAAAUUCGUUGCCAUGGGUUGUCUAGCGCAGCUAGGCUAAAUAAUUGUACUAAAUGUAGCAUGAAUAAUCUGUAAUAUUAUUACUAGAAAGUGGAUUAAUACUUUUUCUGGAUUGCUUAUAAUCCUGAAAGAGUUUUUGUUUCUUGAAAUUGUCACUCAUGAUGCAUUGUGUGCGAUAAUCAUUUUUCAAAGAUCCUGCAGUAUGCAGUCACUGAUAAAGAUGUCUUCCCAUUUCACAGAAGUCCUGUGCUGUUCUGAGCGCUCAUCAGUGAGCUUUGCCAAAGCUUUUGUAACCCACAAACAACUCGCUGAUGCCGUUUGUCGGAAGCUAUUUGUACGACGCAAACAUCAAGGGCAGAUUUUUCCACAUGAAAAGAAUGUACUUUAAAUGACAUCUGUGUUCAGCGAGUGUGACGUGACCCCUCAUUUACCUUUACUGUCGGUUUAAUCUGUAAAUAAGUGGUUGUGUACUUUUUCGUUUUCUCAUUUCCUGACUAAUGGGGCUUGCUACGGGACCUGACAAUAUAAUUUCAUAAGCAAGUUGUCAUUGUAAUGACGCAUUAAGGUUCUCACUUAUGUUAUCAAUCAUACAUCGCUGCGAUUGUUUGACAGAUUAAUAAUAUAUAUUGUUUACAUAGUGUUGUGUAUGAUGAUUCCUCUGGUUUAUAUGUAUAUUUUUGGUUUUCGGCAACACAAAGGAAAUCGGACUACUACACUACAACUGACAGAUAUUUUUAUUUUGCUGAAAUACUCAUAAAUGUACUUGAACUCUCUUGUUGCUUCUUUUGACAGUAUCAUGGUCUACAGCCUGGCUUUUCACUCACUGACCAACACUGUGUGUCACUGUGUAUUGGUGGGUUUGGGGGUGUCUUAAGACUGGAGUUUUGAUUUAUUUAUUAAUCCGAGUGAUUUUAAUGUUCUCAACUAACUUCAGAAGCUUUUGAGUCAGUUUUCUAUAAGCAGGCGAUAUAACGCAUCUUAUGUAGAAAAGAUAAACUGAAGAUCUCAUUAACUUAAAUGACUUGGUGUGGCUUAUCAAGGACACUGCAAAUUUUCAAAAAGCUCCCAGCAUUCAGACUUCGUUUUAGAAUUGAUUGCUUUUUGAAAAGUUUUGUCAUUUGUUCAUUCAAAAAAAAAAAAAAAAAGCCUGACCUUCAUAGUAAUCCUAAACAAUGAACUUUUUAUUUGGGGAAAAAAAGACAAUAACUGGCCAAUAGUCUAUAUUCCUUUCCUCAAGUUUUCAUUUUGAGCUCUGUUUAAUGAGAAUUUGACUCAAAGGCUUUAAUUUUACUUUUAAGAGUCCUGCUGUGAUGAAUGUUUGAAAGGUUCUGUGGGUGUAUCUGAAAAUUUGUGACAUUAAGAACUCUGUUCGAUCUGCAUUUCAUCUUUUGAGAUCUGUUUGGCCCUUUUUAUACUUUGUACUUCAUGUCUUACAUCAUAGCCAUCAUACUUCUCAUCCACAUAUAACCCACUCUCUGAGAAGCUACAGAAUGUUUUUUUUUAUUAUUAUUUUAUUUUUCUGAGCAUGUCAGCUUGGUUUUAUCUCUGCUAAAUUCUAUCAGUGUGAGUUGCUCUAAUUUUAGAUGGGUAUUGAAUCAAAUGCAUGCCACUGACUUCAUUUGUGAGUUGAAAGAGCCCCCUGCUGGACAUGCAUUUAUUUUCAGAUGGCUUGUAAUGUGAAUGGAAAACAAUCUUUCUUUGGUUUAUAGACCACAUAAAAUCCCCUCCUUCUACUGGCUUCUGUCCUUUCAUCACACUAAUUUUCAUAUUUGGUUUAAUGGGUUCCCAUCAAAGACAAUAACGCUGACCUUGACGAGAUUCACAUAAGACCGCAUCAGCAAAUUAAUGUGAUCCAAACUUCUUUUUUUUUUUUUUUUUUGUCGCACUGAUGAGAGCGACUCCCUGCGUUCAUCGAAUUUAGCUUGAAUUGAUAUUAAUGUGCAGCAGUUUGUGACUUCAAUUUAGCUUAACAGUAUGAUAAGUAGGGAGGACACAAAAUGGCUGCUGAUGUCACAGCUCACUUCACUAGAAAUUCGGAGCCAUUUUACGUCGCUCCGAGUUAAAAUCCAUUUAUUCUAAGUGGAAAAUGUGCAAUGAUAGCAAACUCAAAGGACGCAGUUGUUGUCGGUCGAAGCAUCCUUUUGGAAAUGCUGUUAUCCAUCUCAAGUCGGGCUUGUCGAAUCAUGCAAAAUUCACUUAAAACAAUAACACCACCUCCAUUCAUUCAUAUUUCACUGUUGCCUUUUUUUUUUUUUUUUUUACUGCAAUGUAAGUUGAUCUUGUUGCCGCAUGUAAUCUAAUCUUGUAAGUAAGCUUGUAACGAGAGGGACUAUGGAUCAGACUCAGCAUGGUCCCUCGGAUUAAAAAUGUCUGCCUGCUGCUCUCACUGAAACUGCUCUUUGCUCCUUUGCAAGCUCCUGUUGUGCAGAGUGACUUUAAUGUUUGUUUUUGGAAGUCUUUUGUUUCGUCGAAUAUCUACCUCAGUCUUGGUUUACCACGUCUUUAUGGUUAGAUAACACGGAGAGAAAAAAUAUAUAUAUAAAAAACAGCUGCUGCCUGUCACUGAAAAUGCAAUUGAAAACCUCAUGUGUGUGUGUAAAAGCACAUAUAUUGCAGUCCUGGAUGUUGACAUCACUGAAAUGUUCAUUUAAAAAAAAUAAUAAUAGGGGCAGUAAUGUUCCCUCUGGUGUGUAUGUGGUUACCAGGUAUCAGAGGUUAUAUUUUACACUUUUCUUUGCAGCUUCUUUUAUCUACACUGAUUCAUGACAUUUGCCUUACACGUGUGCAAUAAAUGUUAUCCACUGCUUUA